AUGUUUAAAAAGUCAAUUCUCAAGUGCACUCAGGCACACUUGCUGAAAGCUUCUGAUAAGAAAAAGUUACUCAAACAAUUGCAAGACCAAUACCCGAAUAUACCUGCUCCUUCUAGUGAAGUUGGAUCAUCGGAAUUGGAUCAUGAUGAUUCUCAAAAUAUUAAUGAAAAUGUUUCUUCAUCAUUGAUAGAAAAUAAUAUUAAUCCAUGGAAGGUGUUGCUUCCUUUGAAAACACAAAAUGUUCAAAGUUGUAAAUUAGUUGCAUAUUUGCAAUCAUCGGAGCAACAACCAGUGGAAGAAAUUGUACUGGCAAAAAACGUUCCGAACAAGAAGAAAAAGCAACAACAAAUGCAAAAACAGCAGUUAAGAGCCUCUCAAGAUAUUCAAACCUUCAAUGUCAUUACUGUUGAGAAUAUUCCCAUGUUCUUUUCAAUUGAAAAAGAUGAAUUUUAUUUCCCAACAAUUUUUGCACUCCAACUGGCACCGAAUUUGGUGGAUACAAUUUACAUUUCUCAACCAGUUUCUCAUUAUUUAUUACAAGGUGCUGACCUUAUGAAACCUGGAGUGAGUAGAAAUCAGAAAAAUCAACAUCUACACCUCGCUGGAGGAGAAAAGCUUAAUAAUGGUGGAAGCCAUGGAGGAAUUGGAACAUUUAAAAAAGGCGACAUUCGAAGUAUACAAGUAAGAGGUAAUCCUGUUCCAUUCGCUGUUGGAGAAAUGGCCAUGGAUCAAUCCGAAUUUUCAUCUACGGACAAGGGAAAGACCUUAGAAGUAGUACACAUUUUUGGUGAUUAUUUGUGGCAAUAUGGAACUAACCAUGCCCCUUCGACGUACACUCCGCCAUAUGGUUUUACCUCUCAAAUUAUAGAAGUAACUGUUACUAGUGAUAGUGGAAAUAUCAGUGGCUCGCAAGAGACAGAAGCUACCACCAUAGACACACCAAACGAAUCUACCAAGAAAGAAGAAGCUGGAGAUGAAAAUGUCUUACAAGAAGAUACCAAUGACAACGAUGAACUUGAAGAAAAUGAAGAGCCUGAAUCUUCCUCAACCGCAACAGACAUCAAACCUGAAGAGAUGGAUCAACUUUUAGAAAGUUAUUUUAUUUCAACUCUAAAAAGCGGCAUUGAGGAUGAUCAACUACCAAUGGAAGGAAGUGGCUUCUAUACAAAAAUGUUUGAGUUUAGUGACGAUAUUGUUUUGGACGUCAAAAAGUCAACGUACAAAAAGUGGACAAAAUUCCUCAAACAAAUGCAAAAAGAUAACAUUGUUAAGGUCAAGGACGUUAAAGGAACUCUCUUUGUCACAAAUGUAAAUAGAAGUCAUCCGAAAUAUGUUGCAGCGAAAGAGUUAAAACGAAAAGCUGCUGCUUCCUCCUCUUCCGGGUCGUCUUCCAAAAGCGUACAGAUUGUCACUCUUAAGAAGUCACCAACCCCUCUUCUUCCAAUAUUUGGUGGACAACAAUCUAAGGAUAAGUUGUUCACUGAAAAAGAAGUUAAGGACAGUCUUUUAAAAUAUUGCCAAGACGCCAAAAUAUUUAACAAUGGUCGAGUCAAAAUUGACGAAUUAAUCUAUUCCAAAAUCUUUAAAUCAGGCAAGAAGAUGAAUGUCAAGAUGGAAGAAAUGGUUCCUGUUCAAAACAUAAUGGAACAUCUUCUCAAUGAAAUGAUUGACCACUAUGCAAUCACCUAUGAUGGCAACGAAGAGGAAACUGCAAUUUUCAAAGGAACAUGCCCUGGUAUUACUGUUGAAGCUGAUAAAAUCAUGGGCACAAAGGUUGUCACCAAAGUAGAUGGUGUGAGUUUGGUCAUUAACAACACAGAUCUGAAUUGUGUUGCAUUUGAAGAGCUUAUUAAGAAAUUGAAAAACAAAUGCAGUGCCUCAAUCAAAACCAAUACUUCGACACUUCCAACGGUUGGGCUACGAGAACCUGACAUUACCAUUCAAGGAAAUCAUAUUGCCAUGGUUCAACAAGUCCUCACUCAAGAAUAUGGUUUUCCAUCGAGAUAUAUUUUCACAACAGAUAAGACUGCCAAGAAGAAGAAAAAGUAA